GCUCCUGGGCGUGUCAGUGCUCUGUUUUCAGCAUAAAAACCCCUGUAGUUUGGGUUGUUCAGUGCAUUCAGCAAUCAACCAGCAAUAUGACCAGUCUUACUGCUAGAGACAAGGAGACAGUCCGAGCCUUCUGGGCUAAAGUGGGUGAUUAUAGGGAAGACAUCGGCGCCAAUGCUUUGUCCAGGAUGCUGGCGGUGUACCCGCAGACCAAGACCUACUUCGCCCACUGGAAGGACCAGAGCCCCACCUCUGCCUCUGCCAGGAAGCACGGAAUCACUGUGAUGAACGGAGUUGGAUUGGCUGUGUCCAAAAUCGACGACCUGAAAGCAGGUCUGCUGGACCUCAGUGAGCUGCACGCCUUCACCCUGCGUGUGGAUCCUGCCAACUUCAAGAUUCUGUCCCACUGCAUCCUUGUGGUCAUGGCCAUCAUGUACCCCGAGGAAUUCACCCCUGAGGUCCAUGUGUCUCUGGACAAGUUCCUGGCUGCUCUGGCUCUGGCCCUGGCUGAGAAAUACAGAUAAACAGCAGAAGAAUAUGAUGGAGAC